AAGCACUUAUAAUUUUAAGUGAUCCUGAAUCAAUACCAAGAAAAAUUCUUGAUAAUUUAUUAUUUUAUGGAAUUUCUAAUCAAUUUUCUGAACAUGAAAAUUUGUUAAUUAAUCAGCUUAAAAAAUGUUUAACUUCUGAUAAAACAAUUUCAGAAAAUAAUCCAAAUUUCUUUUUAGUAACACCUCGUCCUGGUACUAUAUCACCAUGGUCUUCAAAAGCCACAAAUAUCGCUCACAUGUGUAAUUUACAAAAUUACGUUGAACGUAUUGAACGUGGUGUAGCUUAUUUGUUUGGUACAAAAGAUUUUACAAAUAUACCUUAUAUUACUUCUGAAAAAUUAUGUUUGUUCGAUCAUCAUUUAUAUGAUCGAAUGACUCAAAUUUUAAUCAAAUCUAUUCCUGCUUCUGAUUCUAUAUUCAAACAUGGAUUUCCGGCACCUUUAAGAACCAUAAAUCUCAUAGAUGAUAAUGAUAAAAACAUUUUAAUAGAUCAUAGUUUAGCAAGAGAUAAAUUAGUUAAAGGAAAUCAAAAUCUUGGACUUGCACUUGCUGAUGAUGAAAUAGAUUAUUUAGUUGACGCUUUUAUUGGUAAUAAUUCUUUAGGUAGAAAUCCAACAGAUGUGGAACUUUUUAUGUUUGCUCAAGUUAAUUCUGAACAUUAUAAUGAAAAGAAACAAUAUUCUUUAUUUGAUAUGAUUCGUAAUACUCAUAAAAUACAUCCAAAACGUACGAUUUCUGCAUAUUCAGAUAACGCUGCUGUAUUACAAGGAUUUAAGGCUACAAGAUUUGCACCGGAUUGUAAUAAAGAUCAUGAAUAUAUUUUGUUUGAUGAAGAUGUUCAUAUGGUAGCAAAAGUUGAAACACAUAAUCAUCCAACAGCUGUUUCACCAUUUCCUGGUGCAUCUACUGGUUCAGGAGGGGAAAUUAGAGAUGAAGGUGCUGUUGGGCAAGGAUCAAAGCCCAAAGCCGGAUUAACGGGAUUUAGUGUAUCAAAUCUUUUGAUUCCUGAAUUUAUUCAACCUUGGGAAAUUGAUUUCGGAAAACCUGAUCAUGUUGCUUCUGCUUUAGAUAUCAUUAUUGAAGCUCCUCUUGGUGGUGCUGCUUUUAAUAAUGAAUUUGGUCGUCCAAAUAUUACUGGAUAUUUUCGUACAUUUGCUCAAAAAGUACCUAAAAUUAAUAAUGAUGAUGAAAUUCGUGGAUAUCAUAAACCUAUAAUGAUUGCUGGAGGUGUUGGAACAAUUCGUCCAAAUCAUACUUUCAAAAAAAAAAUUACACCAGGUGCCCAUCUAUUUAUACUAGGUGGACCUGCAAUGUUAAUUGGUCUCGGUGGUGGUGCUGCAUCAUCUAUGGCUAGCGGUGUUAAUACGGCUAAUUUAGACUUUGCAUCCGUGCAACGUGAUAAUCCUGAAAUGCAACGUCGUUGUCAACAG